UGGAGGAGGAAGAAGGGAGGGAGGGAUUAGCACAACUGACCACAGGCUGCCUGUGACUUGACAAUGCUCUCUGUGGAUUGGAAGAGCUGCAUCACUCCUUAACCAGAAGCUGGUUCAGUCAAUAAAAGAUGGUUUAAAAGUCCUGUGGAUCGCUGAAGAUGAGGGAGCCGACUGGGGUUUUUGCUGUCAUUCUCUCGUUGCUGUGCCAAGCAUGGACUCACGACUCAGUGGUCCACUUAUAUUUCAAUGUGGGCAGCGAGGUGAAGCUGAACUGCACCGAUGUGUCGUGGGCACAGUUGAUGUACGUCAUCUGGAAAGUUGACCUGGCGGGACACGAACAGUGUCAGGUGGGCAACAGCUCGAUCAAAAGUGAAGUGUUUGACACCUGCGCCGAUGGCAAGUCUCUGCGCAUUUUCUCCGAGUCCCACUUCUACCUGCACAUCCCCAACUUUUCCGAACGCGACGUGGGCAUGUACAGGUGCGAAACGGCUUUCCGUGGAGGAUACCACACCUGUAACAUCAGCGUGUCCAUCACAGUUCCUCCUCGUAUCUCGUCCUGGUUGGAGCCGAGGGAUGACAACAGCAUGGAGGCCGUCUGCACAGCCGAGGGAGGAAAGCCGGCCGCCGCCGUCAUGUGGCGCCACGCCGGGAAUGUGUCUGCUGUGGAGAAGCAAUGGACUUCCAGUGGAUUGUUCUCUGUAGAAAGCCGCCUGAAACUACCCGAGGGCUUGACGAACGCGACGUGCAUCAUCAAACAUCCAUUCUGGCAAGCAGAGAAGAUGUUGGUACCAAAGCACCGAAAAGGUCUUCCCUAUACUAUGAUGUGCCUUCUAGUUGCGUCAGUCUUAAUAGUCCUCGCUGCAUUCUCAUUCUUUAUAUACAAGAAGCGAAUCACGCUUAGACACAGUCUGCUCGCCGACCGCUCGCCAAUCAAAUCUGAACCCACAGAGAACAUAGAGGAAGUGGAGCCUUACGCCAGCUACAUUCAACGUGUCAACUCCAUCUAUAACUCAUGAUGUGCCCCCCCCCCAAAAAAAAAGCAAAAGAGUACUAGCACCGCUUUUGACUAAUCCCAUUACUCUUGUGCUAUGUUAACUAAACUAGAAAUGCACUUGGGAAAACUUGAGAGAAAAUCACAUCAAGCUUUUACAAGAAUACAUUGGACGCAGUUAUGUUUGACUUAUAUGGUGCGUAACUUGGUGUAUUUGAUGUCUUCAAUGUUGGUUGAGAACACUAAAGCACUGGAAGAGUAAUACAUAUUGUAUACAUAUGUAUAUAUCUAUUUCCAAACCCCUUUACUUUCUGCAAAAAUGUGACACGUACCCAUCCGCUUUUCACUGAGUGUUAUCACCACAGUGACUUUACAAAUAAACAAUAUUGUUUUUA